GGAAGAUCAAGCUGCUCGACGUCGCGUGCGGUUCGGGCAUCGUCCCGCUCUUGCUUGCGAGGCGGUACGACUUGAAGGAGCCGAAGGAAGAGGUCGAGGUGGUCGCGACGGAUUUCUCGGCGAGCAUGGUGCGGAGGGCCGCGAAGGAGAUGGAGGAUGGCGGGUGGAAGGGCGUCAAGGUGGAGAAGAUGGAUGCGCAGAAUCUGACUUAUCCCGAUGACCACUGGACGCACGUUACGUGCUCUUUCGGGGCGAUGAUGAUGCCGGAGCCGGACCGCUUCUUCGAGGGCGCGCACCGCACCCUCCUCCCUGGCGGCCAGCUCGGGUUCACCGUCUGGAAGGCGAUCGGCUGGGCCCCCCUCAUCCCUGCCGCCGUCAAACGCGCGAGACCGUCGGAUCCCUUGAGCCACUCUCCUUUCGCGGCGUGGGCGCACGGGUGGGAGCGCGCCGAGUUUGUCCAAACCUUGCUCGCGCGGCACGGGUUCGUGGACGUUCAUAUGAAAGAGAUGGGCGCUACGCUGCAGUUGCCGAGCUUGGAGUUUCUGAGGACGAAGGUUCUGGGACGGAUCUCGGACGAACUCAGGAAGGACUGGAGCGAGGAGGAGAAGGCGAAGUGGGCAGAUGCGGUGGACGAGGCGGCGAGGGAGAAGGGCGCAGUCGGAGAGGACGGCGGAGUGAUGCUGCAGCAGGUGGCUUGA